ACUCAGAGGGCCCUUAUAGCUAUAGUUCUAAUGGUAGAUGACAUUAAUCAGUUGCAAGACGAUCGAUUAACUGGCAACAACUGCAGCUAGCACCAGCAGCCAGCAGCAACUAAAGAUGUCCGGGCUUGUCUCUCUUCUUCGUCAAACCUAAAGUGAAAGAAAAUAGAGUCGAAAGGAAAAUAUAGAAAAUAUUGCAAACAAAAAAAAAAAAAAAGAAAUAUAUACGAAAAAUCAAAUGUUUAUAUGACGCGUACCAAAGCCAUCGGCAACACAUUUUUGUUUUUGAAAAUCGUACGAAAAUUUUGUAUCAUUCAAUUACCUAAUCACUUUGCCAGCGAAUACUCAAAGUGUGUGUGUGGCUGGGUUGGGUGAGAGUGAGUUGAGUGCGUGAUAUAUUUUUAUACCGAAAGAAUAUUGAUUGGGGACGCGGGGAGAGACCCACUAGCCCACAAAAAAAACAAAAUCACCAUUCUCAGUGCAUUCUCGGCGCAUUACGCAAGCUGAACACGCUUGAAACGACACAAAACCAACAUCAGAAAUGGCCAAUGCCAAUGAGGAGGCCGCUCUAGCCGGCAUUGGUGAACUAAUAUUCUCCUUGCUAAUUGGCUAUCUAGGAGCUUUGGAAUUUGCAUUUGUUGCCCGACAACUCUAUCACUGGUCGGGCCAGCAUCCCAAUGCGGAUUCGUUGCCAGAGAGUGGAGAGGAAUUGACACGUUAUCGCCAGCGAUUAGAUAAGGAAAUCACUGAGGCGGCCGAAAGGGAAGCACUGGCUGGUACAAAUGUUAUGCAGGAUGGUGUUUGCUAUAGCAACGGAUUUCGUGUCGAUCCGAAAGGAGAUUUGGCCAUUGAAUUAGAGCGUCAGCAAAAAAUUGAAGAGGAAACUCGCCGACAAUUAGCCGAGGCAGAAGAAAAGUUGCGAAACGAAAAACAACAACAAGCCGAGGACGAAGAAAAAAGGCAAAGGAAAAUCAAAGAAGAGAAGGAGAAAGCUGAAAGACAACGCGAGGCCGCAGAGAACGAACGCAAACUUAUUGAGGCUGAAAAACAACGCGAGGAGAACGAAAGAAUAAAACAGGAACGUGAAGAAAACAAGCGUAAACUCAUAGAAGCUGAGAGGCAACGUGAAGAGAGGGAGCGAUUGCGGCAAGAGGCUGAGGAAAAUGAACGCAAAUUGAUAGCAGCUGAAAAUCAAAGGCAGGAGAAUGAAAGAUUACUGCUGCAACAACAGCUUGAAGAAGAGGAAAAUACCCGCAGAUUACUCGAAGCCGAAAAUGAACGUCAAAGGAUCCUAGCCGAAGAGGAAAUUGAGCGACAACUCUUUGAGGCACAGCAACAAGACGAAAAUGAGGAUGAACAAGCCCAGCGUGAUGCCGAAAUAGUGGAACGUCUGUUGGCCGCCGAACGGGGACGUAAGUUCAGCGCCACCGAAAGUGAACUGGAAGAGGAGGCUCUCCUAGAAGAGCAGUCUCGUCGACUGCUAUCCAGUAAAUCCGAUUUGGAAACAAAACAGAAAAUGAUUGAGGAAAAUGCUCGUCGCUUUCUGGAAGCCGAAGAGGAAAUGGUUAUGCUACAACAACGUAUGCUCCAAGCAGCUCAAAAGCAAGAUGAUGAUGAGGAAUAUCUGGGUAUGCAACCUGUAGAAGAGGAGCUUUGCAUUAAGAAGACUGUGCCGCCCAGAUUUGAAGAGCCCGUUGAUGAAGAACCCGCCGUAGUAGUGCAAAAAGUUAAAACACAAUAUGGACAAACGAGUGGUGGUGCGAUUGUGGAAGAACCCUAUCAAAUGAAAAGCAAAACGUUAACUUUUCCCAGUGUUUCGGACGAAGGUUCUUCCAUAGAACCCAAUUCCAGUCAACAGUCCUCGUUUAGCACACAACCCUCUGAAGCCGAACGUCCAGAGCCCGAGGGUGAGGACUAUAUACCCGAUGUUCAGUAUACCGAAGAUUAUUUACGUUCUCUCGAUGGCAUUAAAUCACGCCCUCUGGUACGUGAAGAUGGUUCUGGCAGGCGUCGAGCCUUUAAAAAGCGGCGUUCCAGUGGCAGUUCGAAUUCAUCACGGGACUCUCGUACUUCGCGAGAAGAAGAGCUUAAGAUGUUUACGUCGCUGGAGGAGGAGGAGCUGAGACAUGGCGAUAGAGAGGACUACAAUCCCAUCAAAUACAGUAGCGAGCCAACGUUAAGGGUUAAGCAACCGCAUCAUAGACGACACAAACGUAGUCCGGCUAAGGAUAUGAAACCGGCUUCUUCAUCUGCCGAAGCUGGCGGAACACUAGAAAUGCUUGGCGAAGAAAAUACUAGCCCUUGGGGUGAAAUAGUACCGGAGCACUACAAGGAUACGGAAUUCUGGAAGCGCGAAAAAGCCUUGUCCAUAGACGAAGAGGAAUUGGAACUGGAUAAACACGCAUCCGGUGAGGAGGUUAUUGAGCCAACAGAGGCGAAAAUUGUACCGAAAUCCUCGUCAUUUGAAGAGGCAAGUAAAGAACAGAACUUAGAGGCUGCCUCGGUAUUAACACAACAGAUCAGCAAGGAAAAAGAUGAUUUGGAUAACACUUCCAGCCUAAGCGACAACAAGUCGAAUCUGCAGACCUCCACUGCGACGGAGGAGCAGUCCCGCACUUCACCUGGCCUAAGACGUAGUCCCCGCAUUGACGAAAUGGUGCAAUAUGAAGAACGCUGGUCGGCCAGCCACACACCAGAGCCACCGACAAUUGCAGUACGUGAGCCGGACACAGCUCCUUGGCGAGAUCAAUAUGGUUUACUAAUGGAGGGUAUAAGUGAUUUUUAUGACUUUACCGCCUCCGUUAAUCCUUCAAGAUCCCGUCCCAAUUCCCGAAAUCCUUCGCCUCAGCCGAAAAAUGUUGCCCAUGAAAUGGACGUGGAUAAUGAGCAUACGUUGGAGGUCUAUGAUGAUACUCCAGAUGGUUUGCCCGCGGGAGAAUUAAAUUGUGAAGCAGUCUUGCAACUAUUGGAGUCAACAAUGAACAUGGAUGAUAACGAGCCCAUUCAUCACAUCGACGAAUCACUACCACUGCAAAAUGUAGCCGAUGAUGCUACGAAUGGUCAUGAAAAGAUAAUGCCCAUGGUUUUUGAAGCUCAAGGAUCUGAGGUCGAACAAAACAGUGCAAAAGAUUCUUCCGCCUCGCGAUCACGUUCUCGAUCACCUCUUCCUACCUCUGAAAACUUGGAGAGAAGCAUUACUAAGCGAAGGCAGAAGUUGAUUAAGCAUAAUGAUGAGCUAAUGGAAAGAUUGUCCAACUCCUCUGACAGUGGUCGGAAUAGUCCCAUGGAAGUGGUCGAAACUAACAGCCAAGAUAAAUCAGAUGUAGUGCUACCUCAACCCGUUAUAGAAAUCAACAAUUUAGCUGAAGACGAGCCAAUGAAUGACGAUACAGAGAAUUCGACUAGAGAACAAAUGCGGUUAUUUGUUGAAAAUUUGCGAGCCGAACGUAAUUCAAGAUCCAGAUCUAGAUCAAGAUCACGUUCGCCAUUGCCUACAGCUGAUAAUAUAGCUAAGAGCUUAGAAACUCGUCGUCUAAAGCGAACACAACACAAUGAUGAACUUUUCGAGAAACUCCAUAUAGAAGUAGAACAAGCUCCGCAAGCAAUGUCUCCAGCUGUUAUACCUGUCAUAGAAAUUUUUGAAGCAAUAUCCCCAGCUGUUAUACCUGUAAUUGAGAUUAUUGAAGCUCCUUCCGAAGAUAAAGCAGUAGAACCGGUUGAAGAGGAAGCCGAACCGGUUGAUACGCCUGAAAGUAUGGCAAAACUCUUUGAACAACUGCGUUUAAAUCGUGCACGUUCCACCCAUUCACAUUCUCGUUCAAGAUCUCCCUUACCCAGCGCUGCUAAUCUCGAACAAAGCCUGCAAAAGCGUCGUGAUAAACUAAUUGCUCAGAAUGAUAUGCUCUUUGAACAAUUGCAAGAAAGAGCCCGUACACCCGAACCAGAAGUAAGACUCACUGUGGAAUAUGUCUAUGAAAUUGUAGAAGAAUCUGCUGGUUCAAGAGAUAUGAGAUCUUUGUCACCCUCUCGAUCCCGAUCCCUAUCGCGAUCUCGAUCACCAUCACGUUCCCAAUCAAAAUCACCAUCUAGUGAAAAGGAAUUUCACUUAAUGCUGAAUCUUGAGGGCUCUGAUCAGCGGACUUUGCUUAAGCAUAACGAGGAAUGGGAAACUGUUUUAGCCGGUAAAAUCAAGCAGAGGGAAUUGGAUAUAGAAGCUUUACAAAAAUUUAGAAAUGCCAAUGAAGAAGUUGAGCUGAGAGUUCUAAGUCCCACAGCAUCGGAAUGUGAACAACUUUUGCCAGCCUAUGAUCGCACAAUGUCCGAAGUAGCCAGAGAUUUACAAGGCGAACUGAAGGCGAAUGAUUUUAAAAGGUCUACCUAUGUGGGCGAAUCCCUUGACCUAAGUAGAACUGAUGAAGACAAUCGACAAUCUCGUAGUGUCUCACCAAUGCCUGAAGUUGGGUUAGCUAGAGAACAGGCAGGGGCACAACGUGAAAUACAGGCUGCAAUUUUAGAUUCCUUAACCGAAAAUCGACAUGGUGCCAAGCCCAAGACUAGUGAAUAUGAACGCACAUUUUCCGAAGAACUAAAGGAUACACAACGUAUGCAAGAAGAAUCGAUAAAUAGUGGAUUUAAGCGCUCUACCUAUGUGGGCGAGUCGUUAGAUCUUUCCAAAUUGGAUGACUUACGUCAUCGCACAGCUGAAUUUCAAAGGUCGCGCAGUCAAAGCCGUUCACCAAUAAGGGACCAAGAUGAAGGUAUUGCCACUCUGAAUAAUAUUGAGUUGGAAGUGGCGCGAAGAGAUAUGCAGGAUCAAUUACUGGACAAAUUGGCCGCUUCAAGUGUAAAUUUUGAAAAUUUUUCUCGUCAUUUGAAUGCUGAUUUUUUAGACAGUGAACGACGGGCCUCUGAUUCAGCUUUAGAUUCGUAUGGUUGUGGAGAUUUAGAGCCCGAAGAGUAUCAUCAUUUUCGUAGAUACUCUCUGGCCCAAGAGCAGCCUGUAGAAGAAUACCCAAGCGAUGAUUAUGUCUACAUAUCACAAAUUGAAGUGCGAACUUUAACUGGAACAAGAACUUGGCUAAAAGAGGACUUUUAUACCCUAGAACCAGAAAAUUAUACUGAAUUGGAUAUUCUAUCGCGACGAGACGAUGACGAAAACGAAAUUAAAGACGAAGAAUCAUGGGCCCAAGCUGUUCUAGCAGCUGAAGCAGAGGCAGCAGAAUUUGAUGCCACCAAUGCCAUUUACGAUUUCGAUAUCAUUGGAGCAGACGGAGAAGGUGGUAUAGCGGGUGGAGCAGACGGGGAUGAAAUUAGUUCGAAUGACAGUGAAGAUGAACGCCAAACUGUCGUAGAAAUCGACGAUGAGGAAUAUGAAUUUGAGCUUGAUGAGGGCAUCUCGGAUUAUAAUGAACGUACACAACCGACAGACGAGUCUCAUCACGAUACAUCGGAAUGCGAAGAGGCCGAACGUAAUACCGAUCGUUAUGCCAAUCGAAGAGCUCAAGAUUGGGAUGAAGUCGAAGAUGUGGAAGAUUUUCUGGGCGAUGGUGCUGUAGGUGGUGCCACACCCUAUUCCGAUCCGGACUCGUUCAUCGAACAAAUCUACAAUGAUGCUAUAAAAAAUCGCAAGCAGUCGGGCAUUCUAAGAGACUAUGAGACAAUGGUUCAAGAACAAUUGCCCGAUGCUGAUCAAAGUGAAUCCGAUAAAGAGAAAUCUAGUUCAGAUAGCGAACGUCGUUAUGUCUUGUGGGCCAAGACAAGGGAACUCAAUAAAUCCCCUAGACAUAAUGAGGUCGAUAUCGCCUUGGGCCUGACCCUGGAAAGAGAUAAUUCGGAAAUUCGUUAUUUAGGUGAUGCUCAUAUUGCCGCAAGGCAAUCAACACGUCUUCGUACACGUUACGGUUAUAAUCCUCAGUUACAGGUAAAUGCUUUGGAAGAUGAUAUAGAAGUGGAUAUGAAUUACAUACCCAAAAGGGAAUACAAUUGGCGAAAGAAUUUCAAACUCGACGAUAAUGACGAAUGUAAUCAAACCGAAGAAAAUCAUAAUAGCGAAAUGGCAAACACGAACGAAGGUAACGAAGAAACUGAAAUGUUGCUGGAAGAGAAUGGUAUUGCAGAUACAGAAGAUGGAAUAGAUGGCGGAGAACUGAUUGAUCGUCGUUAUAGUUUUGGCGGUGAAAGCAUUACGCUUUUCAGUCGUAGUCCUAUACGUGAAGUUUUGCCAGAUGUUGUUGAGGAGACUCAAACCGAAUUGGAUCACACUUUAGACGGUGAGGGAGAAGUGAUUAUCGAAGAACCUCAGACUAUCGAAAAACCCAAAAAGAAGAAAAGUAAGAAAAAGUCACGAAAAUCCUACGAAGAGGACAAUGAUAACGAUUCAGAUAAUCAAAUGUAUAGGCAAACCAAAGAGGAUUCAUUGGACUCAACCAAAAGAAAGUCACGUUCACGUCGUAGUUCGAAAAGUAGCAUCACAAAUGCAGAUGAUAAUAAUGGUACGGGUCCAUUCUCACCACGUGCUAGUUUGGCUCUAGUGGGUGAAACACUGGAAAAUAUAGCCGAAUCGGCACCUACCGAGGAGCCUUCGUCAGUCAAAAAGAAGACAAAGAAACGCAAGAAGGUAACCAAGGAGGCAAGUAUCGAACAAAUCGAGCCAUCCUCCUCCUUGCUCGAUGAGGCAUUAAACGCAGCUUUAGCCGAAAUAGCUCCCAUAUCGGUAUCAACGAAUUUAACACCCGAAUCAACGCAACAGAAUUUGCUUUCCACCAUUAGCACGGGCCAGAGUCGAUGCCUUACACCGGCUUCAUCCAUAGAGGAACCCCUCGAACUCAAUCCAAUUGAUACAAAUGCAAAUAACAUGUUAACCAAUUCAACUGAUUCAAUGGUACCAGCUCGCUCAGUAGUUGACACUUUCGAUAUACUAAAAGAUGCCAAUUUCUAUCCGCUUUUCUAGGCUGUGUGCUUGAUGCCAGAGCUGUUUGUUUUUGCCUAAUAUUAACUGAUAUAUUAAUAUGAUAUGAUAUGU